AGUUAAUCACUUUCAUGAAAGGCUUGUGUCCAAAGACGGACGACAAAGGACGCGGGACAGUCCGUUUCAACUUUGUAGUUUACUCGCGAGUGAGAUUCUGUGUUUUCCAAAAUAGGAUUAGCAAAGAGUUGUUCCAAAACGGAGAAGGAAAUCGUAUUCGAUUUCGUUCAUCAGGGUAAAGUUUGCAAAAGUCGUUCGUUGAAAUGUCGCUUAUCGCGAGAAGAAGCGAUGGCUCGAUCGUAGUUUAAUAAUAGGAAAGAAUUCGUACAAGUUCCCGUGGAAAUAUCAGAGAUCGAGAUAGAGCGAGGGCCAAAGAAGUGGAACGAACUCGUCGAUCUACUCUCGUCGUUCAUCGAGGGACAGAUCUCAAGGAUUUCGAUCUUUCCGUGUCUUUUAAAAGAUCAACGAUGAAUCUCGAAGAAUAUCGUAAACACGGAAAGGAAAUGGUGGAUUAUAUCGCCGAUUAUCUUGAAAAUAUUCGUUCGAGACGAGUAUACCCAGCCGUAUCACCAGGCUAUCUGAGAAACAUUCUACCUGCAUCAGCACCCGUCGAUGGGGAACCAUGGGAGGAUAUAUUUUCUGACAUCGAGAGAUGUAUUAUGCCAGGUGUAACUCAUUGGCAAAGUCCUCAUAUGCAUGCUUACUUUCCGGCACUGAACUCUCCGACGAGUAUGUUAGGCGACAUGUUGGCCGACGCUAUUAAUUGUCUCGGUUUCACUUGGGCUUCGAGCCCAGUGUGUACCGAAUUAGAAACGAUCGUGAUGAAUUGGCUUGGUAAGAUGAUAGGUUUGCCUGAACAAUUUAUGCAUCGGCCUGGUGUGAUGAACGGUGGCGGAGGUGUCAUCCAAACUACUGCAUCCGACUCCACUCUUGUCUCCCUCCUUGCGGCAAGAGCUCGUGCGAUUAGAGACGUUCAAGAAAGCGAACCCAAUGAAACGAGCGCAAAUAUCAAUUCGCGCCUCGUCGCUUAUUGUUCCGAUCAGGCGCACUCGAGCGUGGAAAAGGCUGGACUUAUCGGAUUAGUAAAAAUGAGGUACAUCGAAUCGGAUGCGGAUCUUAGCAUGAGAGGCGAAGCUCUUGAAGAAGCUUUGGCUCGUGAUCGAGCUGACGGUUUGCUUCCGUUUUUCGUGUGCGUGACUUUGGGUACAACCGGUGCAUGUUCCUUCGACAAUCUUAUGGAAGUGGGCCCGAUAUGCGAAAAGAAUGGUUUAUGGUUGCACAUCGAUGCUGCCUACGCCGGAAGCGCCUUUAUCUGCCCGGAAUUUCGUGGUUGGCUUCAAGGAAUCGAAUAUGCCGAUUCUUUCGCUUUCAAUCCAAGCAAAUGGUUGAUGGUUCAUUUCGAUUGUACCGCUAUGUGGGUGAAAAAUAGCCAGGCUCUCCACAGAACUUUCAACGUAGAUCCUAUUUAUCUAAAGCACGAAAAUUCCGGACUCGCCAUUGAUUUCAUGCACUGGCAAAUACCGUUGUCAAAGAGAUUUAGAGCACUCAAACUUUGGUUUGUCAUCAGGAAUUACGGGAUUAGUGGACUUCAGAAGCACAUACGAGAGGGAGUAAGAUUAGCACAAAAGUUUGAGGCUUUGGUACUGGCUGAUCCACGUUUUGAAAUUCCUGCUACAAGGCAUUUAGGAAUGGUUGUAUUUCGUUUGCGAGGUGAGAACAACUCGACUGAAAGAUUGUUAAAGAAAAUGAAUUCUCGUGGUCGUGUGCAUUGCGUACCUGCUGCACUUCAUGGAAAAUACGUCAUCAGGUUCACUGUCACUUCGACCAAUACCACCAACGAGGACAUAUUGAAGGAUUGGGCAGAAAUAAGGAAUACGGCUAAUGAAAUUUUAGGUGACAAUUCUGGUUCACCAGUAAGAGCAAGAGUUCCAUUGGCAGAUACGCGCGAGAAGAACGAAAAUUUCGGUUCCAGUUUGUUGUUAGCUAAUUCACCGAUGUCACCGAAGAUUGUUAAUGGCAGUUUCGCAGCAAUAUACGACGCCACCGAUGUUUUCGAGGAAUGCAUGAAGAACUUUGGACAGCUACGAGUCGAGGCAAAGGAUAGUCCAGGUGAUCGGUUUUCGAUUUUAUUCAAAAUAUUCGACUUUGUAACUUACCUGCUUUCAUUUUUAGCGAUGCGACGACGUAUUCGAGGUAUACUCAUGUCAGGAAAACAAUUUUCUUUAGAUUCUCACAUGGAUCUCGUUCAAGGCUACGUGUGUUGUGGACGAUCAGCAGGACCAUCUACCGAUCUUCCUCAAAUGAAAGAGGACGAAGACGGUCUAGUCACCGUUGAAUCUAUUAUGAGCAUCGACAAAAUCGACUCUACUUACAACGAUAUUUCUCGAGAGAACUCUAUGUUACUAUCGGAUCUUGAUGAAUCGUAUGAUAACAACUCGAAGAAGGAGAUAGCGAAAGCUCACUCGGGCUACGGAAUAGCUAAUGGUUCGGUUGUCAAGCAAGAAAACGAAGGUCAAGACGUUUCGUCCAUGCCAUCCGGGGAGAAGGGUAUACCUAGAAGCGAAACGAUCGGUGCGAUAGGACAUCGACCUUACACGGGUGAGCUCGUACCUUCACGUUUUCGAUCGGAGAAACCGAUCAAGGACAAAGAAGAGAUCGACAACGAUGGUAGUGAUGACGACGUUGGUGACGAAGACGGCAGGCUCUGUCAAAAGUGUGGUCAUUCUUUCAAACCUCAGUAAAUCUCUCUUCCCUUC